UCCGAGCUGCAGAGCUCCAGGUCUGGACGCGGGCCAAACCUGUCUGGUGUCAAACCAGCCUGAACAGAUACUCUCAGACAUCUCAUUUCUUCACCUCAUUCCUGAGACGGGACUCUGCCCACCCCUUUGUGUAAAGCAAUUUAAACCUGAUAGCUCAUCAUCGCCACUGAAAAUAUUUGCUGGACUAUCAGACAGUCGCUCUUUACUUUUUUUUUUUUUUUUUUCCCUCCUCCUCAGAAGCUCUUUGGCCACCGCGCACAACCCGAGCCGGUCAUGGCUUUUACGCGCAAACCUGCGUCUCCGUCUCCGUCCUCCUCCUCCGACUGUCCUGUGAUGAUAUAUUCUUUAAUCCAAGCUUGAUUUUUUUUGAGAUUCAACAAGUUCUCUUAAUAGUUUUUCUUUCACCUGAGGAAAUGCUCCGUCCAGAUCCAUAAAGGACCGAAGUUUGGUUAAUAUGAACUUAUUGCCAAGUGGAAUAUGUUUUUAUUUAUCUGUAGCAAUCUGCUGGCUGACGGCCGAGGUCGAUGCAUCCUGGUGGUACAUGGGCACCCUGGGCUCCCAGGUGAUGUGCGACAACAUCCCCGGUCUGGUGAACAAGCAGCGCCAGCUGUGCCGCCAGCACCCCAAAGUGAUGCAGGCCAUCGGGGCCGGGAUGAAGGACUGGAUCUCCGAGUGCCAGCACCAAUUCCGCAACCACCGCUGGAACUGCAACACCACAGCCAGGGACCACAACCUGUUUGGACGCCUGCUGCUACGCAGCAGCCGCGAGGUCGCCUUCAUGUACGCCAUCUCCUCGGCCGGCGUGGUCUACACGUUGGCGCGCGCCUGCAGCCAAGGCGAGCUGGACUCCUGCUCCUGCGAUCCCACAAAGAAGGGCUCGUCGCAGGACGCCAAGGGCUCUUUUGACUGGGGCGGCUGCAGUGACCACGUGGAGCACGCCAUGCGCUUCAGCCAGGGCUUUGUGGACGCCAAGGAGAGGAAGGAGAGGGACGCCCGGGCGCUCAUGAACUUGCACAACAACCGAGCCGGCAGGAAGGCGGUGAGGCGCUUCAUGACUCUGGAGUGUAAAUGUCACGGCGUCAGCGGGUCAUGCAGCGUCCGCACCUGCUGGCUCGCCAUGGCCGACUUCAGACGCACCGGCGACCACCUUCGCAAGAGGUACAACGGCGCCGUUCAGGUGGCCGUCAACCAGUACGGCACUGGGUUCACCGCCGCGCACGCACACUUCAAACGACCCAGCAAGAAUGACCUGGUGUACUUCGAGGACUCGCCGGACUACUGCAUACGGGACCACGAGUCAGGGUCGACGGGGACGGGAGGGCGGGUCUGUAACCGGACGUCUCGCGGCGUGGACGGCUGCGAGGUGAUGUGCUGCGGUCGAGGCUACGACACGUCGCGGGUCAGCCGGACCACCAAGUGCGAGUGCAAGUUCCACUGGUGCUGCGCCGUGCACUGCCGCGACUGCCACCAGCAGGUAGACGUGCACACCUGUAAGGGCCAGACGUGACUGAACACUACUGACCGUGUUAAACCAGCAGUUCUACCUGUGGUAAAAACCACUGCUUCUGUACUGGGCUGCUGUCAUCAAACUGUAAGUGACAAUCAAAAAGGAUAUUCUGACUCCAUGAAUGCCACUCAGCCUUCAUUCCCCCCCCGAGAUCACCCGUCAAUCAAACCGUAGCUAGUUGGGUUUGAGUAUCUGUAGGUGGCGCUCUUCCAUGAUGUCUUUUUGCUGCUCAUGCUGUUUAUUCCAAACAUAACAAGGGUCCAUCCACAUUCUGUUCUGUUUGAUUCAAACGUAGGUUAAGCUGAUCAAUGUGAACGCUAGCACUAGCUGAGUCAACGUUAGCUGUGCUAAGUUUGAAACAACUGAAAGGGUUAGUUUGGAUGUUUUUGAAGUGGGGUUGAUUGUAUACUCCUGUGUUCUGCCAGUUAAAAUUACUGUUUUUGUGAAUGAAGUCUGGUGGCUUUGAAGAGAGCGAUAGGGGAACAGGAAAGGGCUGUCUGACAGCGAGGUUAAAGCGGCUGUCGUAUUAUAUUGCCCUCUUCAAAGCCACCAGACUACAUUCACAAAAACAGUAAUUUUACUUCGCAGAACACAGGAGUUUCUGGUCUACCGCUGCAUCGAUCGGUUAGUUUGUUCGUGUUAUUGUGUGACUUUCGGAGCUGAAUAAAGUUGGCGUCCGCAGCAGUAUGUUGCUCAGCUUCCUGCCGGUACUCCCCUGUCUGCUUCUCCAAACUGGGAGCAUGCCGACCGCCAUCUAAGUUACUGUAUGUAACGUUAAUACUAUAAGGAUGUAUAUAUACUGUAUAUGUAGCAGCGUCAUCAUGCAGAAACCUACGUCAGGUCACGUGGGAAAAAAGUUUUUAGGAGGACUUGGGAAAAUAGAAUUUUCAACACAUACGUACUUUGACCAAAAUGUUAAUGUUUGAAUACAUAAGGAACAGCACUGGGAAGAUACAGAAUGAUAUAAAAACUUCCAAAAACUCAAAAAUAAUGGACCCACUCUUUAAAUGGUUUGGAGGUAAACUACCGCCCUGAGGACUGAGAAAAAAUACACUGAAAAUAUAUCUUAAGUUAUAUAAUCUAUUGUAGGAAGAGUUACGUUGUUCCCUGUGCAGUCAGAGAGUUUCAAGCUUUUUUGAUAAUGUGUAGGUACUUUACGCCCUGGGACUGAGAACGGGCUGGUCUUUCAUAGCUGUGGGUGAAAUCGUGGCUCUGCAGUCUGGAUGACAUCGUCUCGACCUCGGCGUUAAUCCAUUCAAAUUUUUUCAUUGUUGCUGUUAAAGGCCUCUAGAUUAAUGAACACAGUUAAGGAUGCAUUUCAAGUCGUACUUACAUUUCAAGUUCCAUGUCUGAUAAAAAAAAAAAAUGCUGCAGGAUAAUAUUCUGUGCAUGUAAAAACACUCACUCACUGUUAAUUGUAGCUUCCCAAAUCCAGCACACAAUCAUUA